AUUAGAUCAUGAAUUAUUUUAUCACCUGAUAAUAAUCUUUGAGCAAUAGCUCAAUGUCAAUGUUGAGAGCAGGCCAAUAGUUUUAGACAAUUGCAUUAAAAUUCAAAUUUAAUUCAAAUUUUGAUUGACAAAACUUUCUAGAUACUUCAUCGAAUAAAUAUGGCUGUGAAAAUAAAUAUACAAUAUUUGGAUUAACGUUAAACUAAAGACGUGCACUAACAAUACAUAUGUAUGUCUAACCAGUAAAUUCUGCAGUAAAUACAACCACAUUUAGACUAGUACUUUUUAUUCGAUGUCAACAAAUCAGUCAGUUCUCGAUUGGAAUGAUCGGCCGCAUUUCUUGGAAACGGCUUAUGUUCCGUAUGUUAAUAGAGGUAACGUCAUAUAAAAGGUAUGCGCUAUUUGAGGUACCAAACGGAUGCGGUGUAACUAAUUGACCCAAUUAUGACUGAUUUUCAGCUUCGUUAAGACAUAGUUAAUAGACUAUGGUUAAGACGACUAAAAGUGACUCACUUUUAGCUUGAUGCCAAAAUGAAUCUUGGACUAAGUUUCUCCGAGACCAUUGACAAAGAAACGUUUUCCCUCGCUGAAAUUCCGGCACAAGUUGAGACUGAGUCGGUGGACGUGGAAACCCUUUUAGAUGAGCUUGGUAAAAUUGGGACUUUUAUUGAUAUCACCAGAGUUAAUAGAGUCCAAGGAGUAAAGAACGAGAUCACCAAACUCACAGAGAGAUCAGCAGUUAUUGUCCAAGAAAUCAGAGAGAUGACAAGCAGUGAUUUGAAGAAUCUUCAGAACGUUUUCCAGUUUCUUCUUGAUGGCAGGGAGACAAUGGCAAUGGAAACUUUGAAACUUUUGUCCAUUGACACUAGAAUUAUAGCAACGAAAGCAGAACAAUUGAUAAUGGGUUUUGAAAACACAUUAACGAAUGUCAUAAAUGCUUUAGAGGACACACAACGAACAAAAGGUGCCCGUGAAAAGCACAGAAAUGAUCUGGAAAGACGGGGAAAAUUCCACGAUGGACGUCUAGAAGAAGUAGCUAUUGAUGCUCUUCACAAUUCUAUUGGUGCUUUGAAGUCUCUGUCAACUAUAAUGAUGAACACUGCCGUGUUUUGGCGCCAACUACAGGCACACUGCGAAACCUUGGGUAAUGAAGGUAUGCAGAAGAUGAUAGAGAGGGCUAUGUUUUAUCAUGAAGAAAAACGCAUCGAAGUCUUGACAUCAACAGGCUUCAAAAAUAAAGGGAUAGUUUUCUACUCAAAAUGGGUGGCACUCGACGAUAUUUGCGGAAAACACAAGUAACGAAUCGAGCAAAGUCGUCGGAUUCAGAAAACGCAACGUUGCAGGAUGCCAUUAAGGAUCUCCGUGAGAUGGUUGCCGCAUUUAGGUUUAUUUGAAAAGGUAUGACUUCGUAAGAGGAUAACAAAUCCAAUGAUGGCUGUCACAGGAAGUCGGGUGCUUUUGACAGGCUAGCAUGACAGAGAAGGAUGGUAAAUUUGGUCUAUAAUAGCUCGAGUAUUCUACAUUAUGUGUUCAAGUACUCCUUGUCUGAUUAAAUGUUCACAAUGAGAUCUUGGUAGAAAAUGCUGCAAGAGAGAAGACAGUAGAAAAUCUGCACUUAAUAAUAACGCACUGAAAUAUUGAAAAAGGCUCAAACAUUUUGUCAAAAACUUUGAGUGCUUUCUGGCAUGACUUUUAGGCCCCGUUCACACUUGUUCCCGGAUAUGUUUGAAAACGGAAUUUUAUUCCUUUAUCCAAAAUUCUCGCCUACAUAAAGCGUUUUUAAAUCUUUUCCGCGCGUCCUUAUGUAUCCGUUUUCGAAACGUUGCGUCCCCAACGCCAAUUCACAAAGCAAAAAAUUUCAUUUUCAAAGAUAUCCAGAUGUGAUUGGACAGGACCUUUUAAAAUGUUCGUAAGACUAAUUAUUUCAUAUAAUGGAUCUGUCUCUUGUUAUCGCCAGCUUCAGCCAUAUCUAAGCUCUCAUUCAGUAGGUUCCUGAGUUUAAGAGCCAGCUACCAUAAGGGAAGCCAUCAAAGGGCAUUUGAUGAGAGAUAAAGAAAAAGAAAUCCUG